AUGGCUUCCUCACACUGCUUCUUCCACAUCAACAACAUUCAAGCAUCAGCCUCUCAUCCCUUCGAAAUCAAGAUCGAUUCCAAUGUCAUCUUUACCUCUACUGCUGACAUUGAAAAGAAAACCAUUGAGCACGAAAUUCCAAUUCCAAAAUUUGCCUCCGUGCACAAUGUCUACAUUAAUGUCUUGUCACCCUUGGAUCACAUGGAUGAAUUAGAUAGAUACAAUCUCACUCACAAGGGUACUCAUUUUCUUAUUGAUCCAACCCGAAAGAGUAAUCCAGUUCGUCAAUGUUUAGAUGAACAGGGAAGUACUGGAAGCACUGGCGUUCCAACUGGAUCUCCAUCCAUUUCGACUAAAAAGUCAUCCAAUACUUCUACUUCUUCCAUUCUUGGUGUGAAAUCUCCAACCAAUUCAGCUUCUUCUCCAGUUAAUUCUCCAAGAAGAGCUUCGACUUUGCAAUCCUCUCCAUCGGCAAACAAAUCACAGCCGAAUGUUGCAACCACCACUACUUCAAGCACCACGACUUCCAAUAUUCGUGUGCCAGUGAAUGUGUCAACUGUCACAAGUUCUGUGGAGAAGAGAGGUGAAGUGAGUCGUGAAUCUGUUUUUGACCAUGUGGAUGAUUCUGAAACUCAACUCACUUUCUGGUUGUAUGGAAUAGUGGGUUCAGAUCGUUAUCCAUUACGUAUCUUAGUGGAUGGUUUAUGUGUAUUUAGAUGUGAACAUGAUUUGGAAUCUGGAAAGGUUCAUGUGAAAGUGAAAGAACCAAAAUUUUCACCUGAACACAAAAUUAACUUGUCUGUCGAUAUGCCACUUGUCACUGGUGUCAGUAAUCAAAGAAGAAUUUUCAAUGAGAAACGUUUUAAUUUAUCAGCCAAUGGUAAAGUCUUUUUGAUUGAUUUCAGAAAUGCCAAUCAACAACCAUCGGAUGACAAGAAUGCUGCAACAGCUCAUGUCGUUCAAGUUGCUUUUGAAAAACAAUUAGAAGGUUAUCCAGAACCUCCUCUUUAUGAUCCUUCUCAACAUACUCCUGUCACCAGUCAAACCGUGGUUCCUCCUCCAGUGACCAUUUCUAUGGAACCAUUCCAAAUUGAUGAAUAUCAAGUCGAUGCUUCUAAAUUAUCGAAUGAACAAUGUGAAAAAUUGUUAAAAGUCCAAUCCUUGCAAGAUCGUGGAAUUUUAACACCACAAGAAGCAGAUUUUGAAAGAAAGACCAUUAUUGGAGACAAGUUAUUGUCAUUCCCUAAAAAGACCAUUCCAAAGAGUACAACCACUGUGGUAGAAGAAAAACCAACUUUAGAAAAUCCAUCUGAAAAAUCAUUGAAACCAAUUGCUUCUCCAAGAAAUGGUAUAACAAACAAUACUCUUUCACCACGUUCAACCACAACCUCAACCACAACUACAGGUAGUGUCUCCCCACGUUCAACCUCGACAACAAGUAGUGUCUCACCACGUGGUGGAAGUGUUCCAAGAAAUUCUGCAACAAGUUCAACUUCUUUGAAUGAAUUUAUUGAAAUGAAACUCUUCUUGUGUAAUGUGAAGGCCUCUGAAUCUGCUCCUUUCAAAUUAAUUUACAAACCAGAAAAUGCAGUCAUGAUUUCAUUGAAUGAAGAUGUUCCUCCAGAAAAGAUUAUUUGUGUGAAGGGUGAAAUUCCAGUCAAUCCAACAGGUGAUACUUUGGCUCCAUUGAUUAUUGACAUGCCCAAAGUUGGAGUUCAAUUGGAUCAUACUCUUAAUUUGACUAAUGGAGGAAGAUUUGCAAUGAUUGGUGUUGCAAAUAAUGAAACUGGAAAAGUGGUUUGUAAACAACAAAAGACAGAAGAAUUUGAAUCUAUUUUGGAGGAAACUGUGAAAGAAGAACCAUCGAAAAUUUAUGUACAUUUCAGCGGAAUUCAAGCAUCUUCUGAACAACCAUUUGUGGUCUACAUUAAUGACAAACAAGCUUACAAGAGAGAAGAAUCAUUGAAAAAGAGACAAAAGGGAACUAUUAAUGGUGACAUUCCUCGUAGCAAGCGUAUCAAUUCCAGUACUGAAGAAAAUCAUGUGGUGAGCAUUCGAGUGGAAGCUCCAAUGACUUCACCUAAACCAAAGAUUGUUGCUGUGGAUUUGACCAAUAAGGGACCUCAUGUUUUUAUUUUCUGUAAUCAAGACACGAAUGAGGUGAUUGUGAAACAAUCUCACAAUGAAAAUGCCAAGGAGGAAGAAAUGACUUUAUGUGAAGAUUAUGAUGCUGCUGUGACCAAGUCCUCAUCUUCAAGUCCAUCUACCCUUGCAACCAAGUCACAAAAAAGAUUGACUGAAGAGGAUAUUGAAUACUUGAAAAAGUUAUUGGAUUUGAAGAAUGCAGGAGUUUUAAGUGAAGAAGAAUAUGAAAAGAAAAAGUCAGAAGUUUUGUUUUAA